GGGGGGCCUGGGAGCACCUUGCGUGGAUUUGUGUACCUUCCUCUCCCUUUUCCGGGUGUGGAGGAGCCGCCGCUCGUUUGUUCAUCCAAGAAGGGGCGACAACAUCGCGGGGGUGGCUGAGCCGAGCCAGGCACGAUGGCAACCGGUGUGCUCCUCGUCGCCUUUGCGCUGCUCGCAGGUGCUUCUGUGGCCCAGAGAGUUGUGACGGUGCAAAGCGGGCCGCUGAUUCGGACCGAGGGCUCCCACGUGACCAUCUGGUGCAACGUGACAGGCUACAAAGAAGGCCUGGAGCAGGACUUCGAGUGGUCCAUGUACCUACCGUCCGUACCGGACCGAGAGAUCCGUAUCGUGAGCACGGCCCAGUCCAACUACGCCUACGCCGUCUACGCGCAGAGGGUGAACAGCAAAGAAAUCUACGUGGAGAGGCUGAGCCGCGACUCGGCCAUGCUGCACAUCACCAAAGUGCAGGCCAAGGACCAGGGCCUGUUUGAGUGUUACACGCCCAACACGGACGGCCGCUACUUAGGCUCCUACAGUGCACGCACCAACCUUACGGUUAUUGCUGACUCCCUGACAGUAUCAGCUCCAGCCCAGACUCUUUCCAAAGUGGAAGGCGAUGCACUGCAACUGACCUGUGAAGUGUCCCGGACCACAAUGCAACACACUCACUUGUCAGUGGGCUGGUACCUGAAAGCGCCCGACGACGCAUCCGCCCCACCUCAGGAGCUGCUCACCCUGUCGAAGGACUUUGUUCUGCGGUCCGGGGGUCCAUACCGCCAGAGGAUGGCGGCGGGGGACCUCAGGCUAGACAAAACCAGCGCCACGUCCCACCGUCUGACCAUCCACAAGCUGCAGCCGGUGGACCAGGGCCUGCUCUACUGCCAGGCUGCCGAGUGGAUCCAGGACACCGACGGCAGCUGGUUUGCCAUGACCCGCAAACAGAGCGACAUGACCCCGCUCCGCAUUCAGCCCACUGAUCGUGACUUCAGCAUCCAGGUGAGCACGGAGCGACGGUCCUUCACGGCCGGUGAGCCGCUGGAGCUCCGCUGCACCAUUGAGGCGCAGAACGUCCCUGAGCGGUUCUUCUCGGUGUCGUGGGUCUUCAGCAGCUCACCGGUGGCCGUGGUGGACCCCAGUGCCGUGCCCCUCCUGGGCUCCGACUACGUGGCCCGCGAGGCCGCCGGCCUCAUGACGGUGCGCAAGGAGAGUCCCAAUGUGCACCUGCUCAAGCUGCAGCACCUACGCCCCAACGACGCCGGCAAAUACAUCUGCCGUGUGACGGAGCGGGAAAAGACACCCACGGGAGACUUCAUCGACCGCAGCAAGCGGUCCCGCAACGUUCAGAUCACAGUGCAGCCGCUCAAGAGCAACAUGACUGUCUCGUUGUCUAGCAACUCCUCUGAGGUUCUGGAGGGCAACGUGAUGCAGUUGACCUGCUUGGUGCAGUCCACCACAGACCCACUGUCUGUCGUCUGGCAGCGGACAGACAAGCAGGGCAACGAACCAGCCCAGAAGUUGGCCUCGCUGGACCGGGACGGGACCGUUCUGCACAGCGAUGCCUACGGGGAGCGCUCCAGCUACGGCGAGAUACGCGUGGAGAGGUCACGGGCUGACACCUUCCUACUCUCCAUCUACAACGUCUUGCCGGAGGAUGAGGGGCAGUACAGCUGCGCUGCAACCGAGUGGUUUCAAAACGGUACUGAACCGGAACUCAGCUGGGAGAAGAUCGGAGAAAAGUCUGACACGAAGACAGUCACCGUCAAGACUGUCGAGUCCUCCUUCAUGGUCUCUGCCUCAUCACGGACACCGUCUGUAACGUAUGGGGACUCCUUUGACCUCUUGUGCUUGGUCAAGCCCCGCCACAACCCCCGCGUGCCCGCCUCGGUCACAUGGCGCUUCAUGCCGGCCGGCACGGAGGCCUCCGGCGAAGGCGAGUUCAAGGAGCUGGUGACUUUCACCCGGGAGGGCACACUGCAGUGGGGGGAGCAGCUGCUCGGUCUGGGCACCCGCACCACCGUGGACCGCUCGCACUCCAACACCAACUUCUGGCUGUCUGUGACGCGGGCGGGGCGCCACGAGGCGGGCAAGUACCAGUGCACCGCCGUCCUGUGGAGGAAAAACUACGACAACAGCUGGAGCCGAGUGGCCAACCGCACCUCCAACCUGCUCGGAAUCAGCGUCCUCCAACCAGAUAGUAAACUGCGGGUGCAAAAGAACAACCAGUCUCUGGUCAACCUGGAAGACAGUCGAGUCCGAAUCAAUUGCUCCGUCACCUCGCAGACCAGCCCGGACUCCCGGCACGCCGUGCUGUGGUACGUGAGACGCGCCGCCGCGGGCUCGGAGGCCGACGAGCUCCUGCUGCGGAUCGAGCGGUCGGGGGCGCUGGAGUACGGCACGUACGCCGACGAGGAGAGGCUGCGGCGGCGCGUGCAGGCCGAGAGGCUUUCCCCUCGCCUCUACGCGCUGACGCUGAACAGGGCGGAGAGCGGCGACUCGGGGACGUACUACUGCCUGGUGGAGGAGUGGCUGAGCGACCCCGACGGAGCCUGGUACCGCCUCUCGCGGGACUCGUCCGGGUUCACGGAGGUUCUGGUUCGACGGCCAGAGGCCCGACUUCAGGUGGAGGAGACGGAGUCAAACGUGACCGUAGCCGAGUCGGGCUCAAUCCGGCUGGGCUGCAGCAUCCCCUCGCAGUCGUCCCGAGACUCACGCUUCUCCGUGUCCUGGUACGUCGAGCGCGACGAGGACGAGGAGCUGCUGCCGACGGAGGAAGAGCGCGAGGGGGACUGCGUCUUCUCCAUCGGGCACGACGCCAUCUUCGGGAACGGCAACUGCAGCCCCGGAGAGGAAGCGGGGCCCAACUCCCGCCUGCAGUUCGAGAGGACCGCCUCGGACCAAUACAGCCUGACCAUUCAGGGAGCGCGACCGACAGACGGGGGGCGCUACUACUGCCACGUGGAGGAGUGGCUGCUCAACCCUCGCAAUGCUUGGUACCGGCUGGCCACCAACAACUCCGGCUUCAUUACGGUCAAUGUACUGCACCAAGAGUCCACCGUCAAGUCCGUGGUGUGCUCCAACGACACGCUCUUCUACUUCGUCUUCUUCUACCCGUUCCCCAUCUUCGGCAUCCUCCUCAUCGCCCUGCUGCUGGUACGCUUCAAGAGCCGCAACAACAGCAAGAGCCAGGAGGGCAAGAACGGCGCCCCCCUCCUGUGGAUUAAGGAACCGCACCUCAGCUACUCGCCCACCUGUCUGGACCCGCCCGCCCUCAGCCUGCACCCCGGCUCCGUGGACUAGCGCUCCCGCCCGCCCCCCGAAUCGCCGUAUUGGCCACCGCACGAGGGCAGCGGAUCAGGACGCCGCUUCCGGAAUUUCCUGUCGUUCACCGCUGUCUUGAUCCAUCAGUAGAUCGGCUGCCUGGUUUUUUUGUGUGUGAGUGAGCAGUGUUCUCAUUUUUGUGUCUCAGCGCUGUAUUAGAUUUAAUUACCCGAAAUAUUGGUCUCUUUUUCAAAAGAGAACCACCAAACAAAAAAAUAAUAAUCAGCUCACUUUUAAGACAAGGAACUGCGGGGGGGGGGGGGGG